GUCCAAGCUGCACUUGCUGCCCCAUUGAGGACGAAGCGGCAGCAGGAGCGGUGACGGUGUUGCUGAGGCGCCGGAUUCCCGGAGCACAGAGCAGACCUGCCUGGCACCCGCGGCUCUCUCGUGUCUCCUUCUCAUUGUACCGGAACCCUAAGAAGAAAGAAUAAAACAGCAACCGGAUAAAAGAAAUUGUGACAAAAACCCAACUGGGUUCUUUUGGUUACAAACUCCUCCCCGUCUGGUGCUGCAACAAUGAGUGGGAAAUCCCUGCUCUUAAAGGUCAUUCUCUUGGGUGAUGGUGGAGUUGGGAAAAGCUCGCUUAUGAACCGUUAUGUAACCAAUAAAUUUGACUCCCAGGCUUUUCACACCAUAGGAGUAGAGUUCUUAAAUCGAGAUCUGGAGGUAGACGGACGCUUUGUAACCCUCCAGAUCUGGGACACUGCAGGGCAGGAACGUUUCAAGAGCCUUAGGACACCCUUCUACAGGGGAGCAGACUGCUGCCUCUUGACCUUCAGCGUGGAUGAUCGGCAGAGCUUCGAGAACCUUGGUAACUGGCAGAAAGAAUUCAUCUACUAUGCAGAUGUGAAGGACCCUGAGCACUUCCCCUUUGUAGUUCUGGGUAACAAGGUAGACAAAGAGGAUAGGCAAGUGACUACUGAGGAGGCACAAGCCUGGUGCAUGGAGAAUGGGGAUUACCCUUAUCUAGAAACGAGUGCCAAAGAUGAUACUAAUGUGACCGUGGCCUUUGAAGAAGCUGUCAGGCAGGUGUUGGCUGUAGAGGAACAGCUGGAGCAUUGCAUGUUAGGUCACACCAUUGACUUGAACAGUGGCUCCAAAGCAGGAUCUUCGUGCUGUUAAAAGUAGGGGGCCUUUUUAAGGUGUGCCCCAAAUUGGCUAGUCAGUAGUGUAAAAAUAACUGUGCCCCUAUAAGAGUACACACACACAAGAGGUUAAGAGUUAAGGUUCUGAUUGUGAAACAGAACCUUUCAAAUUGAUGUUAUAGAGCGAUUUUUAAAAAGUGCUUUAUCAAGCCAAGAAUAUUUUGCGUGAUUUCUGCUAUUUCCCCUUCUUAUGUGUCUCAGGACAUUUCAGAAAUUUUAAUCCUGAGAGAUUAAAAUAUUUUUUACAUCACAGUUUAAACCUAGAACACAGCCGCAUGAAGGAGUUAAAGAGCUACAGCUAUCCGUUAAAGGGUUCCAUUAACCAACUAACAAAUGUCACCAUCAACACUUGCCAAGCAGUUUCUGACAUUUCUGCCAAAGGGGGAAAAAUAAGACUCUAAGCUGUAUUACAAUAAAAAUAAUGCAAACAAGGGUUCCUAAGCUUGAAUUAUAAAAACAUUGUAAUAAUUAGGAAUGCAAAAGUAUAAUGAUGUACACCGACUUGUUUAAAUCCUUUUGUAUGGUUUGCUCCCAUCUGAGCUUUUAAAAAAAAUACCAUCUCAGUAAGAGAUACUCUAAUGACACUGGAAAUUUAUUAUACUCUUUCUGUUUGAAGUCACAGGAUACUGAUGAAUGAAUUAUGUGCUUAAAUAUGGCAACUGCCCCUGAAAAUAAAUGGUUGGUCUGCUUUUACUUAUAAGUCUACUUUCGCUGCACAGAGAUGUUGCUUCUCUGACAACCUCUUUUCAAUUAACAAUGCUACUUAGUAUAUGGCUUUGAGUGCAGUGCUCUCUGCUCAUAAUCUGGAUGGUCUUUUGGUCCACCAUGCUGGGCUCAUGGAGAAGGCUUCAGAAAAGACUGGGGGAUAAUGGGCUUUUCUCACAAGUUUCCUUAACUCAAAUAUUUAUUGUAGAAGAAAGAACCCAUUUCUUGUACGUUGCACUGUAUAAUCAGCCGGCUAAAUGAGGACAUUAAAAGUAACGAAAGAGCAGAUUUUAACCCUGUGUUAGAGUGAAUUUCUCAUAAUUAGAGUUGCCCAACAGUGGAAUGAGCUGCCUUAAUAGUGAGCUCCCUUCCAGGGAAAAUAUUCACUGGAUGACUGUCUGUUAUAAUACCAUAAAAAGUAUUUCUGUACUGGCUACGUGUUUGGUCUAAGGUCCCCUCCUGCUCUACGUUCUAUGAAUCUAUAAACUACGUCAGUGCCAUGUUAUGGUUAGAUUUAUCUGAAGAUAACAGCUAAUACUAUGGAGUGGGACUUUAAAAAUUCUCAAACCGUCUGUGAUCAGCCUUUAACAGUAACUACGUAGCUCUUACUUUUGCUUUUGCACUGUGGCGGGAAAAAUUCUUAAGCUCUGAGUAAUCAUUACGUGCCCUGAUAUAAACAUCCUAAAGAUACCAUAUUAAAAUACAAAAAUGGUUUGACAAUUUUCGAUCACCAUGACUGCCAUAUACUGUAUUAUGAAUAUGCAGUCUGGUUCUUGUUGGUUAUCUGUCCUGAAUAAUUUCUAACCUGUACUUUAAAACAUCUGUUAUAAAAAUAGUGACCUAAGGUAGUGAGGGACGGUUAGAAAUGACCCCAAGAGGAGACCCAGCCUGGAGAGGGCAUGGGAGUUUUCACAGGAAUACAGCCUAGAACUCUCCAUUGUAGCUGCACAUGGAAUCAGCCUUAUACACGGAACCUUACGUGCUUUAAGAGCUCUGUGACUUUUUCGCCACAUAGACAAGAAGAAGACAGUAUUUCAACCCAGUUGUACUCAAUAUUUCUUAUUAAAAUAGUCAUGAUCCCAUUGUCCAAUUAAUUUUGAUGCCAGAAGUCAAAGCCAGAGCUGGGACCCCACAGCUCUUAAGUAUUGGUCCCUAUCCUGCCUAUGCCUAUAGCCAGCCACACUGGUUUCCAAGUUGUAUGAUCAUUUUGCUACAAUCAUAUUAGGGUGAAAGUCUAUGUCAGAACUGUUAAAUGUUAAUUAUUUCUAAGUGCAUGAGACCUGGGGCCUUCUCUUUCUACUUGUACUCUGCUUAUGAUAGUUUCUAUUUGUAGAUCUCAGGCCUUCACAAAGACCUCCAUCAACUCACAAAAGUAUUUGUCUCUAUUAGAGUGGCAUGUGGUCAUUUGAGUAAAAAAAACACGUAGAUAUCCAAUUUAUAGCCCUACUAUCCAUCCAAGACACAUGUUAAUUUUAUUGGCAGGUCAACUGAAGCCCCUUUUCUCUUAGCUAUUUUUUUCUGCCAAAUUAGUACACAACAUAUUAAUGAAAGCAUUAAGUGACAAAAUGGUGGCAUUUCAGUGAGUAACACCCAGUGGGGUGCUGACAUAUAGUUUGGGUAAGAUUAAAAACACUAAAGGCUGAAAUCUGUGAGUACCAAGGACUGUGCACAUAGGUUUAGGAAUUGUGUACCCUCGAAUGUGCAGUGCAAUAUUUUCAAUAGGUGUUUUUUAAUGAACACUAGAUUUUUGGAAUAAUAUAUUUAUAAUUAGAACUAUACUGUUUUUCAAUAGUCCAUUAAAACACCAUACAAAAUAUUUAUUUAGUUUAUUGUCAUUUAUCAGCUAACUUUCAGGGGGCCUAAGAUUCUAUAUAUCUUCAGUGGAUUGAUGAAUUUUAGGUUAAUUUGUGCCUGCCUCAGCCAUCUCUACUUUAUCCUGAGGUUUUCCACAAUACUCUUGUUGCAGGUGCUGCUAAAAAUCUUAAAAUUGUGUAUCACAUUUUCUU